AUGUCAGGGCUAAGAUCUGUUUCUGGGUCUACGAAUGGGAAGAACUACGAUUCUAUUAUGAAGAUUCUGUUGAUUGGUGAUUCUGGUGUUGGGAAGUCGUGUUUGCUGGUCCGUUUUGUGGAUGACAAGUUCAAUCCCUCCUUCAUCACGACGAUUGGUAUUGAUUUCAAGAUUAAGACGGUGGAGAUUAACGGCAGGAAGAUCAAGCUGCAGCUGUGGGAUACAGCUGGCCAAGAGAGAUUCAGAACCAUCACGACGGCGUACUACCGUGGUGCGAUGGGGAUCAUUCUUGUGUAUGAUGUCACUGAUGAAAAGACGUUUGCCAACAUCAGACAGUGGUUCAAGACGGUCACGGAACAUGCUAACGACGAUGCACAACUAUUGCUUGUUGGUAACAAGAGCGACAUGGAGACAAGGACGGUGACACACGAGCAAGGGGAUGAGCUUUCGAGAGAGCUUGGUAUACCUUUUGUCGAGGCAAGUGCUAAGAACGACGAUAAUGUCAAUGAAAUAUUCUUCACGUUGGCAAAGCUGAUCCAGGAGAAAAUUGACAGCAACCAGAUUGCAACCGGCGGCAACGCAAAGGACUCUAAUAUCAACAUCAACUCCAGCGGGGGCAGUGGUUCCAAAUCGAACUGUUGUUAA